UGGAUAAGGUAGGUCCAGGACUCCACCAAGAAAUGGGCCCCCAAAAAAUAAAGCCCAUUAAAGAAGAGUAAAAAAAAAAAGGCCCAGAGCCCAUCAACCAAAAAGUGAAGUUUCAAAAGAUAGUUGAUAAAAUGAUCAAAGCCACAAAGUGACAGUUAAAAUACUGUUUUCCUCCCGCUAAAAGCUUACACAAACCUAUUACUUAAUUCCUUCAUCAGUACUGGAAAGGCACCAUUUUCUGUGACAUUCUUUUCAUCAGACCCCACCCCCUACCCCCCAAAAACACCCCACCCUUUUCUUUUCUUCAUUCAUUCUUCUUACAAGUUUUCUUGAUCAAAGAAUUUUGAGUGUGUUUUUUUCUAUGUUUGAGUAUAUUGGAAAAGGUAAAACGAGUAGUUUUUGUUACUUGGGAUUUCGGAAAAGAUCAAACGAAAAAUGGUGAAAGAAACUGAGUAUUAUGAUGUUCUUGGUGUUAGUCCUUUAGCAUCUGAAGAGGAAAUCCGCAAGGCCUAUUAUCUUAAGGCCAGGCAAGUUCACCCUGAUAAAAAUCCAGAUGAUCCCCUUGCUGCACAAAGAUUUCAGGAACUAGGGGAGGCAUAUCAGGUUUUGAGUGAUCCAGUGCAGAGAAACAUAUAUGAUCAAAAUGGAAAGUCCUGUGUCUCCAGAGAAACUAUGCUUGAUCCAACUGCUGUAUUUGCACUCCUCUUUGGGAGCGAACUCUUUGAAGACUACAUCGGACAUCUAGCAGUUGCAUCAAUGGCUUCCUCUGAAUUAGUCGGCGAAAAUGACAACCCUGAAAAGGUCCAUGAUAGACUCAAGGGUGUUCAAAAGGAAAGGGAAGAAAAGCUUGCUAGAAUACUCAAAGAUUUUCUUCAACAGUAUGUUCAUGGCGACAGAGUGGGAUUCAUACGUCGUGUAGAAUCUGAAGCUGAACGACUUUCACAAGCAGUAUUUGGAGCUGAGAUUCUUCAAACUAUUGGAUAUAUAUACACAAGACAGGCAGCGCAAGAGCUUGGGAAGAAAGCAAUUUACUUGGGAGUUCCAUUUGUGGCCGAGUGGGUUCGUAACAAAGGUCAUUUUUGGAAGUCUCAGCUUACAGCAGCAAAAGGUGCUUUUCAACUGCUGCAACUUCAAGAAGAUGUUCGUCGCCAGUUUAAAAUGGAUGGUAGUGGCCCUGAAAACGACGUUGAAUCACAUCUAAGAUUAAACAGAGAAACAUUAAUGAAUUCGUUGUGGAAACUAAAUGUUGUAGAUAUUGAAGUAACUCUUUUACAUGUUUGCCAAUUGGUGCUACAAGAAGGCAAUGUGAAGAAGGAAGAACUCAAGAAACGUGCCACAGCUUUAAAGCUCUUGGGAAAAGUAUUUGAGAGGGAGAAAUGUAUUGGAACAUCAAAAAAGAAGACAAUAGGUGAUAUAAAUGCUGAGGACACCAGUUCAGAUAGCAGUGAUGAUGAGGAAGACUCGCCAAGAACACUAAAUUAUAGAACUCCUCUACUCACACAGGGAAUCGGUAGACUCUUUAGAUGUCUCUGUAAUCCAGCAUUCGACGUGGAUGAUGAAGAGAUUGUAUACAAGGGCAAAUGAUAUUCAGCCCCUUCCAUAUCUAUCGUCAUGACAUGAAUUAAUUUCUUCGUUCCGAUU